AUGCGCUACACUCUCGUCGCUCCAGUCCUGUUGGCGGUCACGGCACUCGCUGUCCCCGUCCCCAACCAGAACGGUGUGGCCAGCGAUGCUGGCGUUGCCGUUAACGUCGGCGGUGACAAGACCACUGGUGUUGCCAAGCGUGAUUCCGAGGAUGUUAUCGGCGAUCUUGGUGUCGCUGCUAACGUCGGCGGUGCAGAGACUAUUGGAGUCGGCAAGCGUGGUGGUGGUGGCGGUGGUCACGACGGCGGCAAUGAUGAUGAGACUACCGGAGUUGCUAAGCGCUCCGAGGGGGAUGUUAUUGACGAGCUCGGCAUUGCUGCUAACGUCGGUGGUGACAAGACCACUGGUGUUGCAAAGUGA